GCAAAUGACAAGAGCGUAUGCGGAGGGAGGGGACAGUGUGGCGUCGACCACAGAGCGAGGCGGAGAGAUAAGCAUUUCGGUCUCUUAAUUUCCUCAUAUUUUAUUUGAGAAGAGUGCUACACACAAACACAGCCGGCAAUGUCUCCGCUUUGUGAAUGGGGCCUUUGGGGCACCUGUCUUCAGCAAAUGGAGUGGAAGGAAGUUGCCCUGAUGUCUGCGAAGACUCAGGUCGAAGUCCGAGGGUUUGUUGCCCAAGUGAGCGCCUCCCUCACCUACCACAACUACUACAGCGAACCUCUCCAGGUGAGGUACAUGGUCCCAGUUGACGAAGGAGCUGCUGUCUACAAGUUCGAGGCUCACCUGGAUGGGAGGACCAUCACUGCGCAAUGCAUGGAGAAGAAGGCG